GGCUUCUCUCACUCAGGCCGGCCAUAUUGACGGUUUCAGUCUGCUCUCUGCUCUCCUCGCGGUGGAUCUGUACAAGCAGAGCGCUGCUCCUCCUCCACUCCUCUCCGUUAGAAAGAAGAGGCAGAGCGGGCCAACGGCAACGCACGGCCGCGGCUAAACAAACAACGCGCUUUGGAGGUCUUUUGUGCCCCGUGUCUAUGUGUGUGCCUCGACCUCGAAGGGUUUCUGGGGUCUGAUAUUGGUUUUAGAAGACGUAGUCCUUCUCCAAGGGCCUGCACUAGAGGAUUUGGGCCAUCCUGUGUCGGAGGAAGAGUUUUCCCCAUUUUUUUUUUCUUUUUUUUUUCUGGAUAAGUGGGAAGGGCUGAGAGGCAGUGAAGAUGCCGAAACCGAUCAAUGUACGAGUGACGACAAUGGAUGCAGAGCUGGAGUUUGCCAUCCAGCCAAACACCACUGGCAAACAACUGUUUGACCAGGUGGUGAAGACUGUGGGUCUGCGUGAGGUUUGGUUUUUUGGGCUGCAGUACACAGACAGUAAAGGCUACACCACGUGGCUGAAGCUCAAUAAGAAGGUGACACAGCAGGAUGUGAAAAAGGAGAACCCUCUACAAUUCAAGUUCCGAGCAAAGUUCUUCCCAGAGGACGUGUCUGAAGAGCUGAUCCAGGAGAUUACACAGCGCCUCUUCUUCUUGCAGGUGAAGGAGGCCAUUUUGAAUGAUGAAAAUUACUGCCCUCCAGAGACAGCAGUGCUUCUGGCGUCGUACGCAGUUCAGGCCAAAUAUGCAGACUACAACAAAGACAUCCACAAGCCUGGCUAUCUUGCCAAUGAAAGGCUGCUGCCACAGAGAGUUCUAGAGCAACACAAACUGACUAAAGAACAGUGGGAGGAGAGAAUACAGACCUGGCAUGAGGAGCAUAGAGGCAUGCUCAGAGAGGACUCGAUGAUGGAAUAUCUGAAAAUUGCUCAGGAUCUGGAGAUGUAUGGAGUGAACUACUUUGAGAUCAAGAAUAAGAAGGGGACAGAACUGUGGCUGGGAGUGGAUGCUCUAGGGCUCAACAUUUAUGAACAUGAAGACAAACUCACACCAAAGAUUGGCUUCCCAUGGAGCGAGAUCCGAAAUAUUUCGUUCAAUGACAAGAAAUUCGUCAUCAAACCCAUUGAUAAGAAAGCACCAGAUUUUGUGUUCUACGCACCACGGUUGCGGAUCAACAAACGAAUCCUGGCUCUGUGCAUGGGCAACCAUGAGCUGUAUAUGAGGAGGAGAAAGCCGGACACCAUCGAGGUGCAGCAGAUGAAGGCGCAGGCCAGAGAGGAGAAGCACCAGAAACAGAUGGAGAGGGCUCAACUCGAAAAUGAGAAGAAGAAGCGAGAGCAUGCAGAAAAAGAGAAGGAAAGAAUAGAACGUGAGAAGGAUGAGCUGAUUGAGCGCCUGAGACAGAUUGAAGAGCAAACAAUAAAGGCACAGAAAGAGCUGGAGGAGCAGACGCGCCGGGCUCUGGAGUUGGAUCAAGAGAGGAAGAGGGCAAAGGAGGAGGCAGAACGGCUGGAAAAAGAGAAGCAGACUGCCGAAGAGGCCAAAGCCACACUGGCCAAACAGGCAGCUGACCAGAUGAAGAACCAAGAGCAACUCGCCGCCGAACUGGCAGAGUUCACAGCCAAAAUCGCCCUGCUGGAGGAAGCCAAGAGGAAAAAGGAAGACGAGGCCACAGAAUGGCAGCACAAAGCUCUUUCAGCCCAGGACGACCUGGAGAAGACCAAAGAGGAGUUAAAGAAUGUGAUGACUGCAGCAGUGCCAGCGGGCGGCUCUGCAGAGAACGAGCAUGAUGAGCAUGACGAGAGCAGUGCCGAGGCCAGUGCCGAGCUGUCCAACGAUGGGGUAGCACACCAGCGCAGCGAGGAGGACCGCCUCACUGAGGCCCAGAAGAACGAACGUGUGAAGAAACAGCUCCAGGCCCUGAGCUCAGAGUUGGCCCAAGCCCGGGACGACACCAAGAAGACCCAGAAUGACGUUCUGCAUGCCGAGAACGUCAAAGCUGGCAGGGACAAAUACAAGACCCUCCGGCAGAUCCGCCAGGGUAACACCAAGCAGAGAAUCGAUGAGUUUGAAUCCAUGUGAGGACUGACCCUGCCAUCCCUGGCCCCCCUUUGUCGCCCCACUCUUCAAGCCGCAGCCCUGAUGCCUUGGCGGCUUACAAGCACAGAGUUUUUUGUUUUUUCUUUUUGUUUUACCUUCCCAUCCCUUAUCCCUUAACCCUUGACUCCUCACCCCAAAACCCCCACUUUUCAGAGAGGCUAGAGGGACAUGGUUGCCACCCCCCUCCCAUAAUGCUUUGCCAAAGCUCUCGCCGUCUCCAGCCAGCCAUUCAGGCUGCUUCUUGUGAAGCUCCUCCUACACACAUACCUGAAUCGUCCAAUUAGGAGCAAGCUAUGUAUCAUAUCUUUAUGAACUUAUGAAUUUUUUUCUUUAAACCUAUAAAAGAGAUACUAAAAUGGAAAUGUCAUUUUAGAAAAAAAAAUUAAGCAGAGUGCUUUUAUCAAAAUGGCCAUCAGUUCUUUUUGGUUUUUUUUGUCCCCCGCCCCCCUCUCCAUCAUGUUAGAAGGCUUUAUUCACUAUGCUUUAUUCACACAACUUACACAGAGCUUAGUGUGUUUCUUUUAAGCUUUUUCUGUCUUUUGUUUAUCUUUCUUCACCCAUUUUAUUGACACCCUGCUUUUAGUAUCUGUUAAAGCGGUGGCUUAGCAAAUCCAGGUUUGGAGGGCGGGUCUUGCACGAGCAUUUCACAAUCCCCAAAGCCCCAAGCAACUGAGCACAAACGUGGAAAUCAAGACGACCAUUAGAAACCGCCGAAGGUGUGUCUUUGGUUGAAUGAAUGUGAACGAUAACCAAAACUAAGGAUCACCAAAGGGAAGCUAUUAUCCACAUUACGUGCGGCUGAUUCAAACUAAUCUGUAAAAAUACUGUCGAGUCAAACUUGGAGAAAGGUUACAGUGAAAUUUGCUAGCAGACGUUCAAAAAUACACUGAUGUCGAAGUUGAGUGUUGCUACAUAGAGAGCUGAUAUAAGCUUUGAAUCUAAGCCGAGUUCAUGUCUUGGAGGUCCUGCGUUAUGUGAUGCGUGCAGAGUUGGGACAGGCUGUCUGGUUGGAGUAUGUUAGGAGGUUGUACAUCCUCAGUGUUUCAUGUCCAGUCUCCAUAUCGAUGGUUUUCCCUGCCUACCGGCUCACAAAGGCCUAGGGAUUAGCAGACAGGCAGACAGACAAAACUGCCUGACCGAAUGAAUGUAAUGGCAGGAGUGAGUUAGUGAUUAAUGUAUGCAUGUAAUACAAUGUGCAGCUCUGUCUGUCUGCCUCUGUUUAAAUAUGUAUGUACUGGUAUAUGCAGAUGCUUCAGAUAGCCACCUAUGGCCUUUCUGACUGGGGAGCAUAUGAAAACAUCAGUCCUGGCUUCAGGAUGGCUCUCUACCUCAUUACUGUAACCAUGGCGACUGCUACAUCAAACACUAGGUGUUGGGUGUUUCCCAUCUCCAUAGGGUUCAGUUAGAUGGGACCGAGGGGCAGGUGGCAACUUUUGUUGGAUAGCAACCUUCAAUUAGGCAGCCUGGCUUCUUCAGUGGACUUCCGAAGUUGUGCGGCGUUCUGCACUUGGCAUCAGGCCCAUGUUAGGAACUGCGGGUCUAAGCAGUCAAGCCCUGUUCCAAAGUACAAUAAGUUUAGCCACACUAAUAUUUUCUACUGCAUCUUCUGGAUUGCGAGGUCUUUGAGAUUAAAUAUGACUAAUGCUACAUGUAAGCUAACACUGCUGAGCAGUAUAUUGAUAUCAUAAGACUAGCAGCCUUACCAAAACACCCCAUAUAAACCAGCAAGCUUAGUCAGAAGUUUGAGUAGCUGGUGUUAGUAUUUUAAAAAGUUUGAAUUUACUAGUAGAAUUAUUUUCAUGAGAUGUGAUUUCAGCUUGUUUGUAGCAUGUAUAUAACAUUAUUUGUAUCUGCUUGAACUGCUGAACAACCUCCUAAUUCAGAGGAUUCAGUGACACUUGGGGAAAUUGGUUUUAGAAAAUGUUUGGUUUCCACAAGCUGCUGCAGCAGAGACAGUUUUCGAAAAUGCAUUUCAUUCAUUCUUCUCGUAGACAAAACCAGAGCUCCUAAAAUGGGCAUGCUGUCGACUACAGAAUGACACUGCUUGGAAGGUUUAUUGAUUUUGAGUCUAGAGCAGGGGUCUUCAUCUCCUGUUCUGGAAGUGGGUCUCCAGUCCUGUGUGGUCAUGUUUUCUUCUCUUUGUAGUUCAGAGAUACCUAAUUCACCUCAUCUAUUAUUGGCAAGGUUUAGUAGGUGUAUUUUUUCAAGGAAAUUGAGACCCCUGUUCUAGAUAGAGUCCAGAGUCCUGGCUUGUGUGCAUUUGUGCGGCAAUUAGAUUAAGCAGUAUGAAUUGACAGCUCAGUAUUAUUGUUUCUAGGUCCAGUCAUUGAGUAGUUGCUGCUGCUGCUGCUGCUUCUUUACCCCACUGAAAGCUGAUACUAUAGAUCUACUUACAUACGAUACCAAAGCUGUCCUGUCAUGUGUUAGUUAUUAUAAACAUCGUGCUGGGUUUCUUCAUACAGUGAAAAGGGGAAUCACACUGAGGAAACUGUUCCCUCCUACCUUCACUGUUAGAGGGCAUGAAGCACGUGUAGAGCAUUUCUAAAAUGGCACAUUGUCAGGUGUAGCAAACUCCCGUCUCUAAUCUAAAAGGAUGUUAAGCUGUUUGUCUUUCCAUGUUUUUUUUUUCCUGUUCUUUUACGUAUGAAGAGUAAUUUCUGUACUUAUCGUUACAGUCAGGUUUCGGCACUGCAGGAAAAGAACUUGUACUUUUGCUGAACACUCAUUCGUAGAAGCUGAAGCUUUGAAAUGGGAAGCUUUUGUCACAUGGUUUGUAAUCCACCCUCAAGGUCUGCUGUUUUUGUCUUCAUCCUUCUUUUCAUUAGUCCCGUGGAGAUGGGUAUAAAAGCAAUGAACAAAAAAUAGUGAUGACAGUCAGGGAAAUAAACGUAAACGGCUGUCGAUCUCUUUUGCUGGCUAUUGCAACACGUUUUGAUAACCAUGCAUUCAUAAAGGUACUUUACUUUCUUAAGUCUGUUUUCCAUUCAUGAAGUUCUUCAACAUAUCUGGUGCAAAUAUUCCCAUAGUGUGCAAAAAAGAAAACAGGCCAAUUAAAUUGAUUCUUUAACCUUCCCCCACCUUCAUCCCUUCAAAAUGACUUGAUCAGUAAUGUAUUGCAGCAGCGUUUUGGGUAAAACCUGGAUUUUUAUUUUGUAUUUUUCAGUGUGACUGUUGGUUUCUUUUUUUUGUUGCUUAUUUUUUUGCUAGCAAAGUUGUUGGAAGUUUAGAUCUGACCUUUAAAAGCCAGAGUGUCCAAAGGUCAGGAGCACUUGUGUUGAGUGGUUAGGACACUAAGGAGCUUAACACAUGCCCCAAUGUUCAGUUUCUUUUCUAGGCAGGUGUCCAGAAAGAUGGGAUGUAAAUGCCAUAGCAAGAGAAAUACUGUGCUUCCAAAAUGUGUUGGUCUUUUUUUAUUUUCAUUUUUUGGGGGUGGGGGAUUUAUGAAUUUGAACCACCAGCGUUAGUAUGCUAGUCUUCACUAAAGGGAAGAGGAUUGCUACCUUAAGACAACAAUUGGUAUAAAAGGUUGUCGCUUGAGUUAUUGUGUUUUUUUUUUUUUUUUUAAGUAGCCAAGUACAUUUUGUUGUAUGUAUUCAUGGGUUAAUAUUGGCCUGCUAGCAUUUGAGUGAUGGGAAAAAUGUCCAGAGCAAAACUGCUGCUGCUUCUGGAACCAGCUGUCAUGUUUGCCGUUUUGUUUUUGUUUUUUUUUUCUUCCCCAAUAUGUUUAUUUAGCUUUCUGUUACAUAGAAAUAACACCAGUGGAGAUUUAUCCAUGACUACAUAUGUUGGUUCAAAAAUAAAGAUGAAAUAUGUACAUCA